GCCAUAAAAGGUCGCGAGAGUCGCUUGGCCAUCGCCAGCAUUAUUUCUGUUGUGUGGACACGCGGUUCACUUGGUUUGAGUCGUCCGGACGCGCGUUUGGCAAGAUCCUUGAGAACGAGGAGUACCAGAAGCGUCUGAACGAGGACAGCCCGAUGCACACACCUGAGUUUGUGAUCAAGCCACGAUCACACACUGUUUGGGAGAAACAGUGUGUGCGGCUGCACUGUACCAUCUCAGGAUGUCCCGAACCACGUGUGGUGUGGUACAAGAACAAUGUCAGCAUUGAUGCUGUUGCCAACCCAGGGAAGUAUAAAGUGGAUGGCUGUUAUAAUGUUCACUCCCUGGAGAUUAACAGGUGUGAGUUCGAUGACACUGCACAGUAUCGUGUGUCGGCCAUGAACAGCAAUGGCGAGAUCUCAGCUUUUGCUUCUGUUGUCGUCAAAAGAUUCAAAGGAGAAAUCGAUGUGUGUCUUCCAUCUCCCAAACUCCGCCCAUGUCUGGAGUACGGUGUGAAGUUCGAGACGCACAUUGUGGAGAAGUUUGGUGUGUCCUUUGGCCGUGAGGGUGAGAUGUUGAGUUUGGGCUGUUCUGUCAUCAUCUACCCUUCAUUGGAACACUUCCAACCUGAGAUAGAGUGGUACAGAGAUGAUAAACUGUUGGUGCCUUCAAAAUGGGUUCAGACACACUGGAGCGGAGACAGAGCAACAUUCACUCUUACCCACCUUAACAAGGAGGACGAGGGGAUAUAUACACUCCGCGUCAUCACCAAUUCUGGAUAUGAGUCACACUCUGCUUAUGUCUUUGUCAGAGAUGCUGAUGCUGAUGUUGCCGGUGCCCCAGGUGCUCCGUUAGAUGUGUAUUAUCAAGAGGCCAAUAAGGAUUAUGUCAUCGUUACCUGGAAACAGCCGGCUGUGGAUGGUGGAAGUGCCAUCUUGGGCUACUUUGUUGACAGGUGUGAAGUUGGCACUACACACUGGCAACAAUGUAAUGACACUCCGGUGAAGUUUGCACGUUUCCCUGUGACCGGUCUUGUGGAAGGACGCAGCUACGUGUUCCGUGUGCGUGCUGUGAAUAAUGCCGGCAUGAGCCGCCCGUCACGUGUAUCUGAACCAGUAGCAGCGAUGGACCCUGCAGACCGUGCGAGAAAAGGCACAUCUGCUCCUUGGACUGGACUGAUAAUAGUAACUGAGGAGGAGCCAGUGGAAGGCAUAGUUCCAGGCAGACCUUGCGAGCUCAAAGUCAAUGAGGCCACUAGAAACUAUGUGGUGUUAAGCUGGAAGCCCCCUGGUGAGAAAGGUCAUGAAGGGGUCAUGUAUUACGUGGAAAAGUGUGUGUCAGGCACAGACAGCUGGCAGCGGGUGAAUACUGAUAUCCCAGUGAAAUCACCGCGGUUUGCUCUCUUUGAUCUGGCGGAGGGAAAGUCGUACCGGUUCCGUGUUCGCUGCUGUAACUCAGCUGGUGUCGGAGAACCAUCAGAACCAACCGAAGCCACCACAGUCAGAGACAAACUAGAUAUACCAUCUGCUCCUGGCCGUGUGGUGCCAACCCGCAAUACAGACACAUCUGUGGUGGUUUCAUGGGAGGCGUCCUGUGAUGCUAAAGAGCUAGUGGGCUAUUACAUCAAGAGCAGCAUUGCAGGGAGCAACACUUGGGAACCAUGCAACAAUAAGCCUGUUAAAGGCACUAGGUUUACCUGUCAUGGCUUGACCACCGGAGAGAGUUACGUUUUCCGCGUAAGAGCCGUCAAUGCUGCGGGAAUCAGUGAAUGCUCACAGGAGUCUGAGGCUAUUGUAGUUAAAGCUGCUAUUGCAUCCCCUGCUCCACCCUAUGGCAUCACAGUGUUGGAGAGUGUGCGCGACUCGAUGGUGUUAGCCUGGAAACAGCCCACUUUCAUCGGUGGCGCUGACAUCACCGGUUACUUUGUUGAUUACCGUGAGGUCAUCGGUGGAGUGCCGGGAAAAUGGCACGAGGCGAAUAUCAAGUCUGUCAGCGAGAGAGCGUACAGAGUCUCAGAGUUGAAGGAGAGCAUGCUGUAUCAGUUCCAGAUACGUGCUGCCAACAUGGCUGGCGUGGGCAUCCCGUCCCGGCCCAGUGAGGUAUUCAAGUGUGAAGAGUGGACUAUUGCUGUACCAGGUCCACCCCAUGACCUCCAAGUUCAGGAGGUGCGUAAGGACUCUCUGGUGUUGCUAUGGAAGCCGCCUGUCUAUCAGGGUCGUGAUGCUGUCAAUGGAUACUACAUUGAUAUCAAGGAGGCUGAAGCCGACUUUGAAAUGUGGAGAGGAGUCAAUGAGAAAGCCGAUGAAAAGACAUACAAGAAGAUCAAGAAUCUGAAGGAGGGUGUUUCAUAUGUUUUCCGUGUGCGCGCUCAGAACAAGGCUGGUGUAGGAAAAGCAUCCGAGUCCACAGAACCAGUUGAGGCUGUGACUAAACCAGGUACUGCUGAGAUAGUUGUGAGCAUUGACGACGAUGGCGUCAUUUCACUCAAUUUUGAGUGUUCACAACUCACGGCUGACUCCAAAUUUGUCUGGUCCAAAAACUACAAGGAAAUGGCAGAAACUGAACGCAUGACCAUCGAGACCAAGGGCAACAAGUCUAAAGCCAUCUUUAACAUGCCUUCUGAAGAUGAUCUGGGUAUCUACUCUUGUGUCGUAACACACACUGACGGAGCCUCUUCCAGCUACACACUGACCGAGGAAGGUCUAAAAGAUUUGCUGAUGAUCAGUCACGAGCACAAAUUCCCCAUUAUCCCUCUGAAAUCCAAGUUGGCCGUGGAGCUGCUGGAGAAGGGAAGAGUCCGCUUCUGGCUGCAGGCCGAAAAGAUCUCUGCUAAUGGAAAAGUGGAAUACAUGUUCAAUGACAAUGUGGUUUCUCAGGGAGAGAAAUACAAGAUGAACUUUGAUAAGAAUACGGGCAUUGUUGAGAUGUUCAUGGAGUCGUUGGGCAAAGAGAAUGAAGGAACCUUCACUUUCCAGCUACAGGACGGCAAAGCCACUAACAAGUCCAGUCUAGUGCUAACCGGAGAUGUGUUUAAGCAGUUACAGAAGGAAUCUGAGUUCCAGAGGAAAGAAUGGCACAGGAAACAAGGUCCACACUUUGUGGAGUACCUUAGCUAUGAAGUUACACCUGAGUGUUGUGUACGACUGAAGUGCAAGGUUGGUAACAUAAAGAAAGACUCGGUGGCCCUGUGGUAUAAAGAUGGACGAGAGAUUAAAGUCAAUGAGAAACUGGAUUUCUCUGAAGGAGUGUUGACCUUGGAGAUUGACCAGAUCUCGAAGAAGGAUGCUGGUAUAUAUGAAGUGAUUCUGAAGGAUGACAGAGGCAAAGACACCUCCACACUCAACCUCACUGACCAAGGAUUCAAAGACUUGAUGAAUCAGGUCUUCAGUGUCAUUGCAAAUUCAUCGACUCCACUGAAGAUCCAGAGCACAGAAGAGGGCAUCAGACUCUACGCUUUCGUCAGCUACUACAAUGAUGAACUGCACGUCACCUGGCAUCACAAGGACGCCGCGAUCGCCUUUACCGAACGCAUUAAGAGUGGUGUCGUGGGCGAGCAGCUCUGGCUGCAGAUUUCUGAGCCCACCGAGAAAGAUAAAGGCAAAUACGCCAUCGAGUUCUUCGAUGGUAAAGGUGGUCUGCGCAGAACCGUGGAACUGGCCGGACAAGCAUUUGAUGAUGCGUAUGCUGAGUUUCAAAGACUCAAGGCUGCAGCCAUUGCAGAGAGAAAUCGUGCCCGUGUGGCGGGUGGCCUGCCUGAUGUUGUGACUAUUCAAGAGGGCAAGUCUUUGAACCUGAUCUGCAAUAUCUGGGGUGAACCCGUGCCAGCGAUCACCUGGCUGAAGAACGACCGUGAGAUGGUUUCAGAUGAUCACUACAUACUCAAGUUUGAGUCUGGCAAGUUCGCAAGUUUCACCAUCACUAGCGUCAACACAGCCGACUCGGGCAAGUACAGCAUACUGGUGAAGAACAAGUAUGGCACGGAGAGCGGCGAUUUCACUAUAAGUGUCUUCAUCCCCAACGAGGAGCCCGGAAAGAAAAAAUGAUAUUAAACAAAUCUCUAAAAAAAAAAAAAAAAAAAAACAAUAAAACUAACCAAAAA